UCUGCUACUCUCCUUCAGACCUCCAUUGAGCGAUUGUAGACUAGAGACCCCCAGUCUCCUAGAGCAGCAGUUGGGGACCAGCUGAUAAACACCCCAAAGGCACUUCCAGAUUUUCCCGAUUCAGCAACUUUCUUUUCUUCCUCCCUCCCCUUCUCUCACCCCCCCCCCCCUUUAAGGGCAGCAAAGGAGGCUUUUGUUAUUUGCUCCUUUUGAAGUUUGCUUCCUUUUUGCCGGGCCUCUCUCCUGUUUAUAAUUUAAGAUUCGAGAGCGCGAGGGCACUCCACUCUCUUUCCUAGAAACGAGAUCUCUCAGUGUCUCCUGUAGCCUCAGUUUUCCAGGCUUCCUUCCUGCGUGCCCACUCACCCCCAAACACAGGUGGACGGAGCUCUUAAACUUUUCCCGGUUCCUGAGGUUUGUCGGGUUGGGUUUUGUUUGUUUUUGUUUGUUUGUUUGGUUUUUUUUUUUAAUGGCACUUUGGAAACGCUGUGGCCGAUUUCCCUCUUCCCUCAUUUUUCUCUUUUCUCUGGUCCUGUCCGUUGUCUGCUUUGCCCCCACCCCCAACCCGCUCACUGUGCCCUCUAAUUCCCAUCCCGGGCCCCUUUCAUUCAGGUAAAACUGUAAAUUUCCCAACGCGCCAUUGUUCAUCUGGAUCUCCCAAAGCUCCCUAGAGAUCCCGGAAUACUUUUUUGGUAUUUAAAUCCCCGAUAGAUAGGACCAAUGUAAAUUUUGUGACAUUCAAACCUUUUCCAGUUCACAAAUCAGUCACCCUUGUCACAGUUAUUGAAAUUCCGCAACUUGCCACAACAAGACGGUGGAAAAAGCGGGCGCGGUCUUUGUUGCCGACCAGGCUUUUGAUCGCCAGAGAAAAUUUACUUACCUUCAGAUGAGUGAGCAGAAAAAGAAAUAACACUCCCUUUGAUUUAGUUAGGAAAAUGCAGACAUUUGGAUUCCGUGCAAACAUACAACACUCGCUUGUUUUCGCGAUGCGGCCCUCGAUUAACCUGUCUUUGCCCAGCGCAAAGUCUAUUCAACAACUGCGCGUAGUUGCUUUUUGUCCCAUCCACAAAGAACCAUUGACUAUAUAUUAAAAUGAUUGUUGAAAGGUAGAGGAGUAUGGCACGUAAAAGCAGGGGAAAAUCCCUGUAACUCAAUCAAUUAAACCGAGCGACAUUUAUACAUUUCAAAAAAUGCAUGAGGAUGUGGAGCCGGGGGCGACAGAGGUUGCGUUUCUCCUUAGCUCAGUUUUAAGCCCAUCAGCUUGGCCCAGGAUUUAGCCUUAGCGCCUGCAUAUUCAUUAGGUCUAAUUAUUUUCUAGUAAGGAAAACACAAAAAGCCAAGAGUCGGAAUCCUUCAAUUUGCCCUUUGUUUCUAACUUCAUUUGGCUUCUUUGCAGCUGAAUCAAGGCUCUAAACUCUUUUUCCAGACAAAGGGACCUUCAACUCAUCCUUUCACGUGAUGUCCGGUUAGAAAAACUUACCAGUUCGCCAAGGAAAAUGAAAUGAUUUCUCUCUCUCUCUCUCUCUCUCUCUCUCUCUCUCUCUCUCUCUCUCUCCCUCCCUCCCUCCUUGGCCAGCUAGUUUCCUAGGGCUGGAGGAAAAAGGUCAGCACUGGUUACUUCUAGCCUCCUUUCUGUUUUCUCAGUUUUCUUCCCAGACUCUGGUUUGAGCACAGUGAACUGGAAUUAGGCUGUACACACACACACACACACACACACACACACACACACACACACACACACCAUCUCUGGCUCUGAGGUCAGAUUGUGGCUGGGGAUGGUUUCCCUGUGUCUAAGAGAUUGUGUUAAUCAUCUGUGCUUGUGAGACUUAAAAACAGAAAUUCCAGGAAAAGAAAAAAAUAAAGAAUGUUCUGCCCCCAGCAACAAGUCUGAGUCCAGGGCCUCAGCACUUCUCAGGUAAUCUGAGUGGACGCAAGCAAUGAGUGACAGAAAGGGCUGAAGAGGAAGGUGGUAGGAAUUUCUUUUGGACCUAGCAUAUAUUUUGUUUGGGGGAAAAAAUACCAGAACCAUUCAGUUCUUUUUGCUCCUACAAGGGGAAGCUGGAUCCUAGAAUUAUGAAAACCUUUUAUUCGAAGAGGUUUUUCCUCUAGAGGCUGCGCUGGUCUUUCACUAGGGAGAACAAAUAUUGAACGCACCUUGACUGCUUUAAAAAAAAAAAAUAGGGAGGGGACCUGAGGGAAGGGUGGCUGUUGGGAGAGGGGAGGGAAAAUAAUUCUUCAAAAAAAGGAAGAAAGUCAGGCUUCUCUCCUCCAGUCUGUGGAAAAUUCACUGAGGACGUUGACAGAGGGCAUUUUUAGGAGACCCACCCAAGCAUACAAGGAAACGUGAGAGGCUCCGGUUCAAAGCCACAUGCACCAACGUGACAUAUAAGCCAUUAAAAUAUCAUCCUGACGGCUCGUUUCUGCUUCAUCAUACAUUCCCUAACUGCCUCCCCGAAAGCUGGAGAAGGAGAAAUGAAGGAUGACCGCCUCGGUGGAACCACAAAAGAGGCUUAGAGGGAUGUGUAGUCCCCCCCUCAUCAUCCCAAAGUGAUGUGCAGAAAUGAGGUGAUCCGGGCAACAGGUGGAGCAGGGCUCAAACUCAGAAAAUGAAAUACAAGACUUCUUUGGUGAUGAGGAAACGAUUACGGCUUUACAGAAACACCCUGAAAGAAUCAAGUAGCAGCUGCGGACACCAUGGACCCCAGCUCGCCGCCGCUUCGAGCCCCGCGCUAUUUCCGGGCCUUCAUGAGCAGCCUCCUCAGGUCUCCCACACCCGUCGUUUGAACGGACUCCUGCGUUUGGGGCUCCCUGGAGAUAUGUAUGCGAGGUCGGAACCCUUUGCACCGGGGCCUACGGCCCGCAGAGACACUUUGGCAACAGCCACAGCCCUGCAUGGCUAUGGUGGCAUGAACCUGACCGUGAACCUCGCCGCACCCCAUGGCCCUGGAGCCUUUUUCCGCUAUAUGCGUCAGCCGAUCAAGCAGGAGCUCAUCUGCAAGUGGCUAGGCGAAGACAGCCCAGCAUCCCCGCGCCCCUGCUCCAAAACUUUCAGCACCAUGCACGAGCUGGUCACGCACGUCACCGUGGAGCACGUCGGUGGCCCAGAGCAGGCUAACCACAUUUGCUUCUGGGAGGAGUGUCCGCGACAGGGCAAGCCCUUCAAAGCCAAAUACAAACUUGUAAAUCACAUCCGCGUGCACACGGGCGAGAAGCCCUUCCCUUGUCCUUUCCCAGGGUGUGGGAAAGUCUUUGCUAGAUCAGAAAAUCUCAAAAUACACAAACGAACACAUACAGGUCAGUACCCAGUGCUGUCUGUCUAGUGUGACCUUAUGGGACACAGGCCCUUGGGUCUGAAUUUCCUCAAGUUCCAGUCGAGGGGAGGAGGGAGGCAAUUUUUGGUUUUGUUUCCUUGAGCCAGAUUUAUAAAGCGGUACUUAACAGCUUCUGCCUGUAGACUCACCGUUUUCCGGAGGCUGUGUGGAAAGAGUGGUCCCAGAGUUCUGGGAUCCCUGUUGGUAAACGGGCGCUCCUAGCUUAGAGAUUUGAUUUGAUUUAGGAUCUGGAGCUUGGGCCCUGGGUACUGAGCUAUAGCCCUAGUCCCUAGAAUUUGUUGUUAAGACUUUUUCUUUUUUUGUUUUUUGAUUAUUUAAACAGCAUGGCAUCCCCACCCCAAUCUUAAGUGAAAUGGUAACUAUUGUCUCACAUUUGCAAGUCACUUUGGGAAACUCUUUCCCGUUUUAGCUUUGCCAUCACCUGGACUGAGGGGGUCAUCAGAUCCUUAAUACCUCAUGAGGAUUUAUGAGCCUUGGGGGCCUACUUUGGACAUGCUUUUUGCAUUGUUGGCUCCGCGGAAGGGACUUUUUUUUUUUUUUUGGUAACCCUCAUUCUUAUUUUAGUAGAGACCCAACGGGACCCACUGCCUUAAAUGUCAUUUACCGAGCUGUUAAGUGAAAUAGGGACAUGUGUCAACCACAUCUGUUAGCUCUAGUUAACAGAAAGAAAAGGAGCUCGGUGGAGGAGGCUGGGAGUUGAACUCUUCUGGCCAGAAGCAUCUAAUUAAUACAAUUGCAAGAAGGAAGUUUUCACACUUUCAGAACAGCCUGUGAAGUUACAUUAAUUAGUUUAGCAGCCACCCUUUGACUCUCCUUACUCCUCCUCCCCCCUCCCUUGAAGUUUAAGAAGUCAGCGUCUUCUCCCCUCCCCCAUCUUGGAGGCGGGAAAAGGGAAGAAGGACGCAGAGACCGGAAGAAUUCCAGCUUGGUACUCCGGUUCUCCAGGCAGUAGCUUUGCUUUCUACAACUCUUUUUUAGAACAACAGUCUUUAAAAGAGUCAAAGUCCCCAAUGGUUUCAGUGUGAGGGAGGAAGCUUGCUGAGUCUCAUUACAUUCUGGCUUCUCCGAGAGGUGUAGGGGUAGAACAUUGCCAUAGGCUGAGGCAAGACCAAAGUCCACUUUGGAUCCCGUUCUUUACCCCCCUGGCAUGUCUGCAAACAUCUUGUACGGUUUUCCAGAGCUCGCUCUGCUAUCUCUCACAUUCAUCUGCUCCUCUCUCUCCCCGAGUUAUAUUCCCAGGGACCGAGGGGCGAGUAAGACCAUGGUCCCAAACCUCAGACUUGCUGCUCCAGGGGCUGGUUGCCAGCACCUGGAAGGUGGAUGCACAAUCCGGGGCUGGAGAAAGAACUCAUCUUUAAUAACAGGGAUUUUGAAGCAAACAAACUUAAACUGCUCUUUGCCGGCCCACUGUUUGAAGUCUGGGACGCAGAAAAUGGUUAAAUGCUUAGCGCAAUCGACCUACAUCAGAGAAGCCCAAGGUUGCCUGGCUGGCUCUCAGGUUUGCACGGAGUCAAGGCAGAAUUCUGAACGU